UUUUACAGUAGCCUAGGUCAUACACUCAUACUAAGAUUUCGACAGAGCUGUCCAACACUUUUCCACGUAGUCUAAGUAAAAUAUAUAAUUUACGUGAACUAUUACAGAGGAAUAUUUUUCAAACGGAACAUGUAACAACAUUUAUCUAUUCGAAUGUGUAGAGCUACCUGCAUCACAUGUUAGUAAAAUAACCCUAAUGAAGUCGAUCCGCGUGAUUUGGAUUAUUCCCUGAUUUAUACUUUUUGCACUUAAACAGAUAUCUGCUUAUUGGGUGGUGGGAGGUGACCACCAUCACCUCUUAACGGAAUCCCGGUGAAGGAAUGAAUUAUGCCUGAGAGAGGAUGUACCAUCUUUAGUCUGAUGGUACUGUCGGUGUUGGAGGUGGGACUCGGUGCGUCCAGCAUCUCCCUCGGGGUGGUCGGCAUCGUCGGAAUUCGAUCUGCGCGCAAGCUGCAGCUCGGGGAUGCUUCCUCUAUAUGGAGCGGGGUUUGUUUUCUUAUCUGUGGACUAUGCGGAAUGUUGUGUGCGAAGAAAAGGUCGGGAUUGAUUAUGAUUAUGUUUUCAGCCUGCUGUAUCUGUGGUCUGAUCAGUGGGAUCCUGAACUUCCAGUUUGUGCGCGUGGUUGCUAAGCGUCCCGAUGCCUUGCGGCCGCUCCACCUGGCCAUCAUGGUGCUUGCCUGCCUGGGAAUUGCUGUGUCCAUACUUUUCACCUGGCUGACGUGUCGCCUGGCCAGCAGCGAACAGCAGAGGAUGUACCUGGAGAGAGAGCUAUCGCUGCACCACUCUCACGAGAUGAGCGACAAAGAGUUUGCUGACCGAUCUGAAAGAGCAGCCAGCAUCACUCAGAUGUCCUUAAAUGGAAAAUCGUCACCUCCAUUAUAGUCAGGCUUAAGUUCAGUUGUCACACUGUUCCCGCCAGGUUUAGUUCUAUACAACACCAUUUGUUGCAGGUGACCCCGUCACUGAAAAGCCACAGUGAGACCCGGCAAUUAGAUGGGUCCCGAUUAAUGCAACUGGAAUACAUUUACUUUGAGAUAGAUUUCAGAUACAAUGCCUCAACAUUUGAUCAUAGAGAUCAUUUGCUGUGUUGAAUAUUAAUUGCAAAAUGCUUAUUUAUUUAAUAUCAUUUAUGUAUUAUAUGUGAUUUGUAUUAAAUAUAAUGUUUUGG